AUGAAGCGUAAGCAUGUCGGGUUACACAAUAAACGAGACAUGUGCUUGCCUGAUAUGUGGGAUACAAAUUCUCAUUCUCCUUCAUUUCCUCCACAAAUCGCAUUGACCAGACCUCAGUUUUUUUUCGAGUGGCCUCGCGGGGCAAAGUUAAGACCGAGAGACGCCACGUCUUCCUCCCCCCAAACCCCCGCCACCAGCGCAGCUAUAACCGCUGCGGGAACACGCGGAGAGCUCGAUCGCGGUGCACUCUACGAUCUUCUCGUGUCUCUCUUCGUCGACGACAACAACAAUGCGCGUGAUAUGUCUAUAUACAGGGGGACAAGGCCUUUAAUCACUUCGUCCACCAAGGAGUCAUUAUGUAUUGCAGGCGCAGGAACGACUCAGGCAUACGAUCCACCGUGA